AUGUCAUCAACAGUUUCAGGCACAGCCGCGGGGCCCCUCAAUUCGCUUACUGAUGUUCCCGGCGUUCUGUUCCACACCCAGGAGAUUUUUACCGAUGAUGGUGCCGGCGGCACCGGUAGCAGUAACAGACUCGUUGAGGGAUUCGACAGCAAAGGUCAACCAAAGACUUAUACUGUCGGCGUGCUAGUGCAGGCCAACUAUGGGCGCCCACAGCACCUCCGGAUCGCAGGUGUACCAGUUGGGAAGAUCCUAGCUCGGGAGGCCGAUGAAGCUGCCGAGAGUAAUCCAGCAAUCAAAAUGGCACGAGAGGCGCUUGAAAAGGAGAAGAACAGAAAAGACGGGAGCAUCGUUGUAAUUAUCGCGACAGAUGCGCCUCUUCACCCUUCUCAAAUGCAAAGGCUUGCUAAGAGAGCAACGGUGGGAUUGUCAAAGGUUGGCGGUUAUGGUCACAACCCAUCCGGGGAUGUGUUCUUGGCCUUCUCAACCGGAAACGAGAUUCCAGUUCAGUCAAUCUCGAUGGAGCGGAAAGCAGUCGAUCCGUUCAAGCCUACGCCUAUCACAAUUGAUAUUAUAGACGACUCUUCGAUCAACGGGAUUUUUGAAGCUGUUGCGGAUGCCACUGAAGAGUCGAUAUACAAUGCCUUGUGUAUGGCCGAAACAAUGGUAGGAAAUAAGGAGCACAAGAUCGAGGCUCUCCCUCUUCAAAAGGUUAAGGAGAUCAUGGAAAGAUAUGAUUGAAGUGAGGUAUUGAGAAAUGUAUACAAAUAAAAUACAUGUUGUACCUUUGGUUUGCUUAUUGUCUUACAUGUAGUGCAAGCUUCAAGUCACGACUCCAUGGUGGAUGUAUUCAUUCAAAAGGUUGUCUCGACUUGUCCGAAGUACUCAGUACAUGUAC